AAAAGGUACAGAACAAUUUUGGAAAUAUUUAUUUCCAUAUCCCGUACCCACUUGGGGAAUAAUAUCUACCUAAAUAUAAAAUGAAUAAUGCACCGCAGUUUUCUUUGCGGUGGAACAAUUAUGUGUCACACGUAACUGAAGCUUUUAACGCUCUGCGAUUUGAGAAUGAUUUGGUGGACGUGACAUUAUGUUGCGAUGGUGGUAAAAUUAAAGCUCACAGAAUGUUGUUAUCAGCCUGUAGCAAUUAUUUUAGGCAAAUAUUCAAAGAAAAUCCUUGCCAGCACCCUGUUAUUAUAUUCAGAAACUUUAAAUACGAGGACCUAAAUGCGAUUAUCAACUUCAUGUAUCAUGGUGAAGUGAACAUAUUUCAAGAACAAUUGGAAUCAUUUCUUAUUACAGCUGAACUUUUAGAAGUGAAAGGUCUGACCGAUAAUAUAGAAGAAGAUUCGGCUAAGUCGCAAAUAAGAUUAAGUGAGAAUACUUCAUUAGACCUAAGCUCUAAAUCAAGUAAAUAUGAGGAUAUUGCACCUGUGCAAUCAGAUGAGCCAAUUAAUUUAGCACCUGUUCAAAGUAAUAGAGAUGAGAACAUUCCACAAGUAUGUCCAGUAAACAAUGUAUCUGAACAAGAAAAUGGUAAUGAUGAAGCAUCACAAGAUAUCUCUAGACCUGAUGACAGUAUAAAUACUAAAGUUAAAUCUGUUUUGCCACCCAGUGAAGAAAUGCAAGUGGAUCCCCAGACAAGCACAGCUGCUCCUGAAGAUUUAUCAGAUAAAAAUAAUCCUGAGUCUGAUCUUGCAAAAUUUCGAUGCCAGUUGUGUCCGAAAGGUUUCAAACAUCCUACAUCAUUGACACUUCACAAGGAUGCACAUGCUGGUAAAACACAGUGUCCAGUUUGUCACCGAUCCUUCUCUCGUUCAUAUGACAUGAGGAGUCAUUUGCAAAGAAUUCACCAAGGGAAGCAGUUAACAAUCAAGAUUAGAUAUAAAAAUGGUGAUAAUGUUGCACCAAAGCAAUUCACAAAUCAAAUAUAGUUUUUGCUUAUUGGUAACAAUUUGUUACCAAACUGUAUCAUGCACAUAGUGCAUUUCAACUAUUUCAUAGUGUUACAGGAUAUUAUUAUAUUAUCUGUUAUGUAAUAUAGUUAUAAAUUAAUUUACUAUUUCAAAAAUGUCACAAAAUUGCUCAUUCAAAGCUUGGCUAUUUUUGUACUAGUCUACACAAUAUUACUAUUUAAAUAUACUUGUUUCAUUAAUAUCUGAUUAUUAUUAUCAUAAAAUAAAUUUUAUCCUCAUUUAAUCCUCA